GAGCCGGUUGCAAGUACAUAGGUACCUACUCAAUUUAUAGAACUGCAUUGUAAACAAACAUAAAACUAAGUUUAUUGUUAAUUCUGUAGGUACAUAAUCCUUUAAUGAUUUGACAUUGUUAAUUAAUGUACAAUGUUGAAAGCUGUGAUACUUAUUGGGGGACCACAAAAAGGCACAAGGUUCAGACCUCUAUCUUUAGAUACACCCAAACCUCUAUUUCCCAUAGCUGGCUUACCGUUAAUACAGCAUCACAUAGCAGCAUGUGCUAAGUUGGAAGAAUGUAAAGAAAUAUUAAUAAUUGGUUCUUACCCAGCCACUUUGAUGGCACAGUUUGUCAGUGAUAUGCAGAAAGAAUAUCACUUGAUUAUAAGGUAUCUCCAUGAGUUCAUGCCAUUAGGAACAGGAGGUGGUCUAUACCACUUUAGAGACCAAGUGCGGGCUGGAAACCCAGCAGCAUUCUUCCUUCUUAAUGGAGAUGUUUGUGCUGAUUUCCCUUUGAAAGAGCUUUGGGAGUUUCAUGAAGGAAGGCCGGAGGCUUUGGUAACAAUAAUGGGUACAGAAGCGACCCGCCAACAAUCAAUCUUCUACGGUUGUAUGGUAAGAGACACUAACACAGGCGCAGUCAGCCAUUACGUAGAGAAGCCGCGCGGUUAUGUGUCCACGUUGAUCAAUUGUGGAGUGUAUGUGUGUUCGCUGCAAGUGUUCCAGAUCAUGGCUGAGGCGUUUCAGAGGAAACAGGAUCAGUUUUAUGGUUCAAACGGUCAAGGCAGUCCAGGAUACAUGUCGUGGGAACAAGAUGUGUUGUCGCCCCUCGCUGGGACAAACAAAUUGUAUGCACUACAGGUAACAAACUGGUGGUCCCAAGUGAAAACGGCUAGUUCAGCGAUAUACGCGAACAGGCAUUAUUUAGAACUGCAUCGAAAUGAGUCUAGCAAAGCGCCGUGUAAAAUAACACCAGAUGUGUUCAUACAUCCCACUGCUGUUGUAGAUAGUACUGCUGUGAUAGGUCCAAACGUGUCCAUCGGUGCGGGAGUGACGAUAAAAGCAGGCGUUAGGAUAAAGGAGUCGAUUAUAUUAAACCACGCUACUAUACAUGAACAUGCGCUGGUUAUGUAUUCUAUUGUGGGUCAAGACUGUUCAGUAGGCGAGUGGUCUCGAGUAGAAGGGACCCCACCUGACCCGGACCCCAACAAGCCCUUCGCGAAAAUGGACAACACGCCGCUUUUUAAUAAUGAUGGCAGGUUAAAUCCAUCGGUUACUAUAUUGGGUGCCGGAGUAACAAUGCCAGCAGAGAGGAUACUGCUAAAUUCAAUAGUGUUACCUCACAAACAUCUAACGAGGAGUUAUAAGAAUGAAAUAAUUUUGUAGCAAUUAUUUUAUUAAAUAUAAAGGUCCCUCUUCACAAUGGGCAGCGUUGGGCGAGUAGAAGCAAUCACGAUAGUGUAGAGGUCCUAAAUGUCUAUGAUCGGCUAUUGUAGAUGUUUAUUCGUAUCGCCGUAAUAGCGGCCAACAUCGACCAUCAUUUGUUGGGCCAAUGCUGCCCAUUGUGAAGAGGGCCGAUACACGAAGACUACGACUUGUACAAAAUGUCUGAAUUCUCAAUUGCAAUUGUUUUGUUGCAAGUCUUAAUAAUAAAGAGAUUUUGCUAUAAUAAUAUACAGUUAUUUAGUAAUA